AUCAGGCAGAUCAGCAGCACAAUUAAAACUUUUCACUUUAAAUGCUACCACAUUUGCCAUUUGCUUUAUGUACAGUUAAAUUGUCUGCUAAAUGAAUAUAAUAACAAUCAGACAAAUGGUCAGUUGUUCUCUUCAGACCAAAUUAUAAGGCAAUAUUCAAUCAUCUCAAAGCUGUGUAUCAUUACUAGUAAUCUGUGUUUUAAUGUUUGUCUUCAGCAGGUGUGUUUGGUUAUGAAGUGAAGUCAGUGUCAGUGUAUGAGGGAGAUUGUGUUAUUCUACACACUGGUGCUGUAAUACCAUGGAGACACAAUGUUGAUAUAAGGUGGAACUUCAAAAAUGGUUUUAGCUUGGUUUAUAGAUAUCAUCCACCUAAGAUUAUUGUAAAUAACACCACAUAUUCAGAUUUUGCUAUUGAGACAUUCAAAGACAGACUGCAUAUAUCAGAAAGGACUGGAGAUCUCACCAUCAGGAACAUCAGAAUCAAACACACUGGACUCUAUGAAGCAAAGAUAUUCGGGUCAGAUAUCAAGAGAUUCAGUGUUGUUGUCAAAGAGUCUCCUCAUGUAAUUAAUGCUGAAACAAGCAAUGUGAACUCAGUGUCAGUGAUGGAGGGUGAAUCUGUUACUCUACAAACUGAUGUACAUAUACAGAAAGGUGAUCUGAUCAUAUGGAGGUUUGGAUCUGAUGGUGAUCUCAUAGCUCGAGGUGAUAUGGAGGACGAAAUGGGGAACUAUCGAAAUUACAAGGAUUUAGAGGAUUUAGAGUAUAACGAGGAUUAUGAUUAUAAAGACACUAGAAUCUCAUAUAUAGAUUCUGAUUGGAGAUUCAGAGACAGACUGAAGCUGAGCGAUCAGACUGGAAAUCUCAUCAUCAGUGAUAUCACAACUGAAAACACUGGACUAUAUGAGCUUAAGAUCAGCAGCAACAGCAGAGAGAUCUUAUACAAGACAUUCAGUGUUACUGUCAGGGGUCAAUGGUUUUCAGGUGCGUAUCUAGGAAUUAUAACUGGAAUAGGUGUUUCUCUUCUUCUGUUUGUUCCUCCUGCUGCUGUUGCUUUGAUGGUCUACUUUUACUGCAAGAUCUCGAAAGUAAAGAGACAAACGGUUAAAAAGAAGACAGUGAUGGAGGGAGAUUCAGUCACCCUAUACACUGAUCUUACUAAACUAAAGACCGAUGAUGUGAUCAAGUGGAGAUUUAGAGAUCAAGAGAUCGUAGCUGAAAUCAAUAGAAAGGACCACACGUUCUCUACAUAUGAUGGAGAUGAUGGAAGAUUCAAAAAUAGACUGAAUCUGAAAUAUCAGACUGGAGAUCUCACCAUCACAAACAUAAGAACCGAUCAUUCAGGAUUUUAUGAACUGAAGAUCAUCAGUAGUAAAGGAACAUCAUGGUCUCAGUUCAGUGUUACAGUCACAGAUACAUAACCCAACUUAAGUCUAAUGCUAUCACAUUUUUGUUAAUGUUCGAGCCUCUGCACAACAUCACAACAUUUGAUAUACAAUGACAAACAAAGUAAGAGUUUUUGUGUAAAUUUACUUUAUUUUUGUUAAUCGUUUUCUUUUAUAAAUGUUCUGUUUCUGAUCAGAUCUGAAUAUAAAAAUGUUAAUUCGACUACAGAUUCAAAAAUACUUGACAAACUAACUUCCUUAUUCCAAGUUAAAAUGAACAAUACAAUAACACAUGGGGUAAAAGAAGCAAGGAAUAACACAAAUGCAAAACUUAGACACCUUUAAAUGUCUUCCCGAAACAAUAGUUAAAUGUCAUUAAAAGAACAAGUGCACAGAAGUUUCUGGCUCUGUCAAACAAAAGCCACGAGUCUCUACUUCAAAAGGAAAUGGUUUAUGUAAAAUCUCAGCGUCGGGUUAAACAUAUGAUGAAAGUAGGCUAUGUGUGGGUGCAGCUCACAGACAACAAUCUGAUAAGAUUUACAUGUAAAUACAAUCUUCAAUACUGGGAUAAAAAACUAGCAAUAUAAAGAACCUGUUUACAAUCGGUAUUUUAUUACACUGUGUAUGUGCUUACAUUUUACUGUAAAACUUUCACAUUGUUACCAGAAACAAUGUAUGUGUCUGUUAUUAUGGUUGCUUAAUUAUUUUGUGGACUCUACACAACACUCGGACAACU